ACAUAAACAAGAUGGCGGCGCCCACAAGGUUACGUGCGUGUGUAAAUAUAUUGCAUCAAACUUGCAAAGAUGUCCAGUAUUCGCGUUAUUUCUUUAGACCAUCACAGACAACACAAAAUGCAACACCAUACCGUUUUCAGUCUACUUCUCAGGGAUAUCGACAGAACGCAAGAAAGCGAAACUGGUCAAUCUUCACAAGGGCUUCAAUGUUUACACUUGGAUCCGCCCUGAUCGGCUUUGAAGGAUGGAAGGUUUACGCAAGUGGAAAAGUGAAACCCGACUUGACACCAUCUAGACGGGUGCACAUCGACACCAACACAAGUGGACUGAAACUGACAUUAUUUCAGUAUCAGACAUGUCCAUUCUGCUGCAAGGUGCGAGCCUUCCUAGACUAUCAUGGCUUUUCCUAUGACAUAGUGGAGGUCAACUCUAUUACCAAGAAACAGCUCAAGUGGUCCCAGUACAAGAAAGUGCCUCUGUUGGUGCUAGAUGGUGUUGGUGAAGAUGAUUUUCUGGCCAUGCGGGACUCGUGUGUGAUAGUGAGUCUGCUACAGUCAUACAUGGAGAACAGGAUGCAAAAGAUGGAUCAACUCUACUCCUACUACCCCUGCAUCGAGUCCAAGGAGGGCCGCAAGACUGUGUAUGACUUCCCCAACAAGUACUUCAUCAUGUACAUGGACCGAAGCAUAGAUACCACGCCAGAAGAAAGAAAAGAGGAGAGAAAAUGGCGCCAAUGGGCUGACAGUAAUCUGGUGCACAUGUUGUCCCCUAACGUGUACCGGACACGUUCAGAGGCAGUACAGGCCUUUCACUACUUCUCCGAUGUGGGCGAAUGGGAGAAGAACUUCUCCAGUGUUGAGAGACAGAUUGUCAUCUACCUUGGUGCUGCAGUCAUGUACUUCCUUGGCAAGAUGCUCAAGAAUAAAUAUAAGUUGAAGGAUGAUGUCCGUGAGUCCUUGUACGACAGUUGUAGAGAGUGGACGAAGGCUCUGUCUAAAAAGAAGCAGGAGUUUAUGGGAGGAGACAGACCUAAUCUGGCUGACCUGGCUGUGUAUGGUGUCCUGAGUUCCAUCGAGGGUUGUGAAGCUUUCCAAGAUGCUCUGUCCAACACAAACAUUGGCCCCUGGUAUCGGAGAACAAAAGCUGCUGUUAAAAGCCAUGCUGGAGCAAAUCCUCUGAACAGGAAGUCCUGAUGAUGUCAUCCUGUCUCUUAGUGACAGAGCUCCCUACAUCAUCAAGAUUACCUCAACCCAGCUCCAUCAAAUUGUUGUGUACACAGUGGUGUUGGGAGCUUGGACUGAAUCAUGUGAUGUGACUAUUAAACUAUGGAACUUGCCCUUGUCAGCAAGAAGGAACUUCAAGUUGCUAGGCAACCAUAACACAGAUGCUUGUUAUGAAACAGAUAACUUGUUGCAGAAGUUGAGCCAAGAAUAGGUUUGCUUUGUUAAGGAACAAGGAGUCUUUUGACUAUUCUGCUGAAUACAAAACAGACACUUAAUGCAAACAUCAUGUUAGGAAAAGAUUGUAAAUGUCUGUUGGCUACAAUUAGUUGCCAGAAAAUGUCAGGGGUUGAAGUUAGGUUCGCUGGUCUGUACCAUUAUAUUCAGAUUACCACUUUUACCAUUAGGUGACCCGUGAAGGUCCGGGCUAGAAUUGAUCUUCAGCAACCCAUGCUUAUCGUAAGAGGUGACUAAUUGCAUCGGGUGGUCAGGCUUGCUGACUUGGUUGACACAUGUCAUCAUAUCCCAAU